GUGUUGAACGAAGAGGAAGCUUUGGAGGAUCAGUAAUGAAGCAAAACAUAGCGAUAGCAUUGGGCAUAGUGCUCCAGAUUGUAACAUUAGCUAUUUGUCAACGUGUUGCACCUGGCGUAAAUCCAAACCAUUAUCAACAACAACAGCAGUAUCAGCCUCCUCCGCCUCAGUAUCAGCAACAAGUACCGCAGCAACAAGUUCCUCAACAGCAGCAACCGCAGUACCAUCAACAACCUGUCCAACAGCAGCACCAACAACAGCAGCAGCAACCGCAGCACCAACAGCAACAAUUCCAGCAGCAGCAGCAACAGCAGCACCAUGGUGAUCAUGGGCAGCAACAAGUCCUUCACACAGGCAAUCUUCAACAAGAAAAACAACAUAUUGCGGAACAUAUGGACGUUCCAAUUGAUACUAGUAAAAUGAGCGAACAAGAGCUGCAGUUCCAUUACUUCAAGAUGCAUGAUUCGGAUAACAAUAAUAAGUUAGAUGGGUGUGAGCUGAUUAAAUCACUCAUCCAUUGGCAUGAUGAUAAGACAGGAGAUUAUGAGAAUCAAACAACGGUUCCUCCAAGACCAGAAUACACGGACGAUCAAUUGGAAGAUAUUGUCGAUUCGGUGAUGCGGAUGAUGGAUACAAACAGUGAUGGCUUUAUUGAUUAUACCGAGUAUCGGAAUUCCGGCGUUGAGGAAAACCGACGUGACGAUUUUCCUGAAGGGCGAUAAAGAGGCUUUUGCGGAUGAGGACCGGCCCGAGCAGGAGUACGUUUAACAAUGUUUAUUGACAUCGGUUGUGGCACAAGUUUAGUUUCAUUGCUUGCUUUAGCCUUUUGUGGUCUUUCUAUAGAUCGAUUGUAAAACUCAAAUUCAAAUAACUUCAAAUAUCG